AUGGCCGAGCCCCAGCCCCCCACCAUCGUCGAAGGCGCCACCACCGGCGACGUCGAGGAUGAGGUCCAGGCCACGGCCAAGUCGGCCGAGGACCGCAAGGCCGCCGCCGCCAUGUCGCGCCUCGACGCCCGCGACGACGAGGCCUCGGGCGCCCAGGUCGACCAGGACGCCGUCAACAAGGCCAUGCAGAGCCUGGGCGGCUCCGGCGCCGCGGCCGCGAAGGCCGACGCCAAGAAGGUCAAGAUCGAUGCCGCCGACGUCGCGCUGCUGGUCGACGAGCUGGAGCUCUCGAAACCCAAGGCGACUGAGCUCUUGAAGACGCAUGACGGCGAUGCCGUGCAGGCCAUGAAGGCCUUCGUUGCUGUGUCGUGA